CGGCCGUAGCUGUAUACCAUCUAGUCAAAACCGUCACGCUCCGGUCUGUUUUGGAGAAGGGAAGGAGUGGAAGAUGGCGGCGUCCAAGGUGAAGCAGGACAUGCCUCCUCCUGGAGGUUAUGGCCCUGUCGACUAUAAGAGAAAUCUCCCGAAACGGGGACUUUCUGGGUAUAGCAUGCUCACCAUUGGAGUUGGUGUCAUGUGUUUCGGUUAUUGGAGACUCUUCAAAUGGAACAGGGAGAGGAGGCGGUUGCAGAUUGAGGAGCUGGAAGCGAGGAUAGCUCUUCUGCCUUUGCUGCAAGCAGAGCAGGACCGGAGGCAACUACGGAUGCUGAGGGAGAAUCUGGAGGAGGAAGCAGUUGUAAUGAAAGGUGUCCCCGGCUGGAAGGUGGGCGAGAAUGUCUUCCACACAGACCGCUGGGUGGCCCCCCUCACAGAGGAGCUGUUUAACCUUCGACCCCGUGAAGAGCUUCUCCACAAGCGCUUUGGCUUCCUGUGGUACGUGUAGCCGCACCCCAGUCCAACUGUGUACACCUCAGCUACCAUACCAGCCACAGCCAGUACCCUUUUGACCGGAGUCCACAACUCCACACAGCUUGUAAAUGUUCUAUAUUAAAGUCAUCUUUUCUGUACCCCAUACUGAUUCUCUGUCAGUUUUGUUUAUUUUAAUUACUGAAGGAAUAUUACAGGAUUACCAGGAACUUUAAUGCAUUCUAUAGCCAGGCCUACAUGGUUGUCAUCAUUCCUGCUUCUUUUUCCCUCCAGGUUAGUGAAAUUGUGUAGUCUACCCAACAUGUAAGCACCUAUUCAAAUCACAAGUCUGAAUUCUUCCCUUAUAACAAUAUGCAAUAGAAUAACUUGUUGUCAAUGCAAUGUGGAUUUUCCAAUGGCUGUCUGUGCAGCCCCGAACACAGUCUUCCAGCCCUAAUGGAUGGAGUGAUUCUGUUGAGCGGUGCCAAACAGGCUACUCUUCAGACUCCUUUGAGCCUUGUUGGGGAAUUUCAACCAAAUAAAGUUGUUUUCCUUUUA